AUGGCUUCACAAACCUCUGAAAAUUUAGUUUUCAAAGAAUCUGGGCAGCCUGCUAAAAGAACUAUGCUAAGUUCAUACUUUGACACUAUAAGCAAAGAUGACAUUGAUAAGAUAGAUAAAUCAUAUGCAAGGACAUUUUUCCAUACAGGAGUACCUUUUGCAUUAGCUGAUUCUUCUGCAUGGAAGCAACAUCAUGCUAAUCUUAGACCUGCAUAUAAACCUCCAUCUAGUAAAUGUAUAAGUGGGCGUCUUUAUAAAGAUGCAUUAAAUGAUGAAAAACAUGCAAUAAAAAAAUAUGUUGAAAGUUCUGAAUACGUUAGUAUAGUGACUGAUGGAUUUUCAAACAUUAAUGUGAAUCAUCUUGUUAGUUAUUCAAUUCAUGUUGAAAAUAGGACUAUGAAACCUAUUGCUUACAAAAUUGAGCCUACUGGUCAAGAACAGCAAACUGGCAUUAAUAUUGCAAAACGCAUAGAAAAUGUAAUUCUUGAAAUAGGUGUUGAUAAAGUUACAAGCAUUGUUACUGAUAACGCAUCAAACAUGAGAGCUGCAUGGGAUAUUAUUGAAAAAAAAUAUCCAAAAAUAUUUUGUAAUGGUUGUGCUGCCCAUACAAUAAAUCUUUUAGUAAAAGAUAUUUGCCUUCUUCCUGAGUUUGUGGAUAUUUUACAAAAGUCUGGAAAACUGACAGCCUUUUUUAAACAAAGAACAUCACUUAUCGAUCAAUUUCGUAUAAUUCAAAAUCGUGUUAAACAAGAAAAUAAUUUGAAGAAAAUGCGAGCAUUAUCACUUGUAGUUUUAACACGGUGGUAUAGCCAUCAUACAUCUGUUGCCCGUAAUCUUGAAAACAAACUAGUUCAUUUGAAUUUAAUUAACUCUGGUGCCUUCUCACGUGUAUCUAUAUCAAAAAAAAAAUCAGAUUAUGUAAACAUUGUACAAGACAAUUUUUUUUGGGAAGAAUGUCAACGUUUUAUUAAUGUUAUGAAACCAUUAUCAAAAUUAGUAGGUAAACUGGAAUCCGAUAGUUUUCUACUUUCUGAAGUUUAUAUAGGGUUUGUUAACUUAAUGGAAAUAUGGAAGGAAGACACAGUAUUGAAAACUCUUGUUUUAAGCAGAUGGGAAUUUAUUCACACGCCAUCUAUGGGAUUUGCAUACUUUCUUGAUCCACGAAAUCAUGGUGGCAGAAAUAUGUAUACUGAGUCUCCUCUAUCUAGCAAAAGUGAUCUUGUUAUAGUACUUGAGUUGCUUCCAAAGUACAUAGUUGAAACAAGAGGACUUUGCAAUUAUGAAAUUUCAAAAAAAGAAAUAAAAUCAUUUCAGAGGCUAUGUGCAAAUCCGACUCCAGAUUUUGCAACUCAGAUUAAAUUAAUGGAUCCUGAUAUCUGGUGGGGAGUUGAGGGUGCAAGUAAAUUUCCAAAUUUAGCAAAGGUUGCACAAAUAGUCUUUACUAUUCCAACUUCUCAAGCUGCAAGUGAGCAAAUAUGGAGUUUGUAUGAUUUUAUUUAUUCAAAGCGAAGAAACCGACUUGCAAAAGAUAAAGCAAUUGGAUUGGUUCUUAUGUAUGCAAAUGCAACACUCCACGAAAAAGAAGCAAAUAUUGCUGAUAUAAUGCUUGGCAAUACUAGUGAUCACGAUGAGAGUGAUGAGAGUGAUGAGGAUGGUGUUAAUGUUGUUUUCACUUUAGAGACUUCAGUUGAUACAAGUGAUUUAUUGUCACAGUUGGUUAAUUAA